CUCGGUGCAGCCGCGCAUUACAAGCGGGCAAAUCUUAACUCGCCUCCGUAUAUACCUCACCGGGUGCACACCAAAGAGUUCCGCUCGGACUUCCCCUUAUGCUUUUUUUCUUACUCACGUUGCAGGGUGCCGGUGACGGAACAACAGCGGCGACGCGGCGGGUGAGAGGCGAGCACGCACGGAACGCCGUUUUCCGGUGAGGAAGCCGUUUCACACCAUGCCUCCCUCGUCAAGUGCGGAAGGAGCCACAGCGGUGGGACUACGGCGAAAGGUGCACAGCUUCAGCUCGAGUUCCGGACGAGCAGCGUAGCGUCACUACCGUAGACAGCCACGGAACUACAUUGCUUGCCGCGAGAAAGUUGCUUUUCACUCGCAGCGGACGACGCGAGACAAGUCCGAGCAGUAAAGACGUCCGCCAGAGCCUUUAACUAUAUCGCAAGUCAUCGUCGAACGGAAGUGAAAGUUCCGCGCAUCGGCUGUGGUGUUAGCUUGCGACUGACUGUUGCUGUCAACGAUGAAAUCGUGAGUAGUGACACUGUUUACGAGCACUCGCUGUCUACUGUGGACCCAACUAUACAGGUCGUCCGUCUAAUGACGUAUCCGGGAGAAAGUCAUCCGCAAAUGUGUGUUUGCCUCAGCCGAGUCAGCCCUAAGUCUUUUCGCUGUGAUUCGAGAAGCCUGCUGUGUCUGUAGUGUGUUUGUGGUGAUGUGAAAGUUGCGUUUCAAAGUACCUUGAGAUAAAGAGCAGUCCGUAUAAAACUGGGCGCGAACGUGCGCGAUUUAUCACCUUUGGUUUGUUGAAUUGACCGCCUAGGCGUGCGUUAAUGUGGACCUGAAGAAACAUCACUGAAGGCCAGAACAACAAAUCACGAUCACCAAAAGGUGAAGCGUGCUGUUAAUGCACCGAUUUUGUGACUGCCACUUUGGAUUCCGGUUCUCAUCGUCACUGCAAGUUCGUGCGUAACGAAUGCGUAUUGCUGUGCGACUACAAGCGCCGAAAUACAGUAUAAGAUUUGCUUGCGUUCCUUAAUUCAUCUAUCGUGGGGUUGGUUGAGCAGCAGCAGACCAAGGAAUCAUUAAACUUGACACCACGUCGUAAUCAACUGCACUUUUCGAAAGGCCGCCCUGUCGUUGCCAGUGCGCGUCGCCUCGGCACCACGGGCACCGAUGCAGUACCUCGCGCUCGUCCUGAGCAUCGUCGGAGGCACCGUGUUCCUGGGCCUCCUGUUGGCCGCCAUCUGCAGCUACUACUGGAUCUCGCAGAGGCAUUACCCGUGCGCCUGGUCCGCCACGGCGGACGCCAAGUCGGACGUGUACUACAAGAAGACCGCCGAAUGGAAGUACGCCCAGAACGGCGCCGUCCCGGACGCCGAAGAAGGUGUGGUCACCGACAACGACGAACCUCUGCUUGGUUCCAUCGUGCUCGAAGACGGCGCCAACCCGGCGUCGCAAGACGAACAAUGCGAUGCCGUGGACUCGACGACUAACAAGGUCCCGAAUAAGGAGUCCAGGAACAAUGUGACGUCGUACAGCGGCUUGGAAAUCACGUGCGAGAACAAAACUGCGAUGUAGUUUUGUCUUUCAGCGCAUUCCUGCUACAGCCGUGCACAUUUGGGAUGCUUAGCGUGCUUUCGGUGCACAAACUGUUACUAAAAGCUCGCGGAUCUUCGACAUUAUGGAGUCCGUGAAGGUUGGAGUGACCACGUGUUGAACAAUGUGUGUGUACGUUAAGACAUCGAUUAAGUGAUACUCUGUUUUUUGAAUGUGGUCCACAGUGCUUUUGGCCGUAAGAACGUCGAUGUCACAAGUACUGACAAGAUGAAGUCAUUAGAAAUCACUCUGAAUGUUUAAGCAGGUUGGUUCCCGUUACCUUAUAGUAUAAAAUAACAAGGCUUGUUGUCGCACCAGCUGGCUUAAGAAACCAUACACACGGCAGUCUCGACCAAGGUAACCGUGAAUCUUUCUAGUCAUCGCAGCGAGGCAAGGCGAGAAAUGACUUGUGCGAAUAGCAUAUCACUUCGUUUGUUCAGGCGUGUUACUCAUGAUAAAGUUUAUACCCAGAGCCGCAGGAUAAAUACCUUCAUUCACAUUUUACUCCCAUACCUAAGUGCUGACUCGCAGG